UUGUUUGCAUACACGGGCUGCAAUUACACAACGGUGGCCAAUGCUGCCGGCGGUUGCGAGUCCGAUUCCCCCUCUUCCCCGGACUCACAGGGCAGAAAUUAGUAGCAAGAAAGCAUGUAAUUGACAAAGUCACGUGUUCUCACUACGGGAACGGGCACAGCCAGCUCGAGAGCGAAUGAGAGCGAAGGAGAGAGAGAGAGAGAGAGAGAGAGAGAGGGAGACAGAGGGAGGAGAGAGAGAGAGAGAGAGAGAGAGAGAGAGAGCAGUACAGAGGUGGUGUGAGUGAGGAAGGGAUUGAAGGGAAGAAAGAGAGACAUGACAAAAAUAUCAAAAGGCAGAAAGCACGCCGUACCAUGCGAGCUAAAUUGGUGACCGAUGGGAUCGAGGAUGUCGGAUUAAUGGUGACGACCGCAGCCCGUUUUCGCAGAGGAAGCUUCUCUAUCGCAACUUGGGCGCAGAGGGUCCGCGGGGAAACAUGGCCGAAGGAGGGCCGGGUAAAGGUGGCGGAGAAGACCCCGCCAAGUCCACCGAGCAGGAGGACCGGACUCGACCUCAGAUCCUGUCGGGAUCGGGCUUCUGCAAAUGGUUCAACGUCCGGAUGGGCUUCGGAUUUAUCUCAAUGACCAGCAGCGAAGGGAGCCCCGUCGACCCCCCUCUGGAUGUUUUCGUCCACCAAAGCAAACUGGUGAUGGAGGGCUUCCGCAGCUUAAAGGAGGGUGAGCAGGUGGAGUUCACUUAUAAGAAGUCCUCUAAGGGCCUGGAGUCCCUGAGGGUGACCGGACCUGGUGGGGGACCCUGUGCAGGCAGUGAGAGGAGACCCAAAGGGAAGGUCCCACUCCAGAAACGCAAACCAAAGGGAGACCGCUGUUAUAACUGUGGAGGUCUGGAUCACCAUGCCAAGGAGUGUGGCCUGCCCCCCCAGCCAAAGAAAUGCCACUACUGCCAGAGCAUCACGCACAUGGUGGCUCAGUGUCCCCACAAGGCGCUGGCGCCCGCCACAGGCUCUCAGGACCAACAUGCGUCUACCUCGGCCUUCAGUCCAGGGACCGGGCCCUACCUCUGCCCCCCAGAGGAGGAGGAGCGCUCCGGCUCGUCUCCCCUGGAGGGUUCCUCCUCCUCCCCCGAGGAGCCCCACACACGCGGCCCCCGGACCCAGAGGUGGAGGAAAUCCUGAAAACAGCCCAUAGAGGUGAACCUUUCACCGCUAACCCUCAUGUCUCUCCUCAAUCAAGGAUACCUGAAGCCCCCCCUCAUCUACCUCACACCUGUGAAAAAAUGGGAGGUCUUGAUUUCUUUACUUUUUAUUUUAUUGUUUUUUUAUUUUUCUAACCAGCGCAGCUAUGGCAACGAUCACCGGGGUACGGACGUGUGUGAAUAUGUGUGACUGACUUGCAGUCAUCUGGUGCAGCUAUGGCAACCACCGCUGGAAUGGUGACUGCAGGGAAUGACUGUUUUUCUUGUUUCAAUCAGUGCAGCUCAAGAGUGAAACAACAUGGUAUGAAUCUUUUUUUUUUUCCUUCUUGGACCUACGUGUUGGCCAUUUUGAAUGCUUUUUCCCCCUUACAGUUGUUUUUUAUCCUGUAGGCCUAAUCAUUCCAAAAAUCACGAUGCAUCCUUUUAGCACACACAGUAGCUCAUUUUAAGAAGGAUUAGAAUAAGGCUUUCUAAAGCUUGAGACCCUCUUAAGCGAUAAUCCAGACCCAUAGGAUUGUUAGCUUGACUUAUGAAGAUCUUUAGGGAAACUAUGGAUUCCAGAGGGAGUUUUUUUUUGUUUUUUUUAAAGAUGGUGGGCUGCUAAACACAUUCUCUAUAAUCUUAAAACACUUACUACAUACCUCUCUCUUACAUGAAACAGACUGGACCAACUGAUUGUCAAAGAGUGUGUGUUUGUGCAUGCACAUGCAAGACUGAGAGAGAGAGAGAGAGAAUGAGAAAGUGUGUGUCUGUAUGCGUGUGUUGUGCAUGCUCCAAAAGGAAGAAAAAAACUGUCAGACUAGAGUGCCUCUUCUCCAGGUGCGAGUCAACACUAACUUAACUUUCGAUUUCCUAUUAUUAUCGAUAGACACGCCUUAGACAAAACAUCAUAUAAUCCAGCUAGAUCAUAGUUUUAGAUUCAAGGUAAUGAAUUGAUCAUUAGACUUCCAUUUUGGUUGUUGCGUAAUUAGUUGAAAAUAACAUUACAGUUUAUAAAUCAUAGUAUAAGUCAUUAAUAUAUAUGUAAAGUCACAAGAUAUAAUUGAAAUUCUAUUAACUUUAAGUAAUGCAUAUAUAAGGAAUUAGCUCUGACAUAGGUGAAUAGCCCUGUAUAUUGCAUGGGAUACUUUGUUGUUGUGUGAAAACUUGUAGCUCUCUCUCUAUUUAACCGUUUUCAUCCAGAUCAAACUGACCUUUCUUUUUCAAAAUUCUUAACUCCACGCCUUCUUCUUUAUUAGUUCAAAUAGUCAGCAAUCACUUCUGACCCAGCACAACGACUCACCUUGUUUGAUUACAGGUGUAGUGUCAGACCAUUACAGUAUCAUCACAGCUGCUCUACAUACUUAAUACCUCACCAAUUCUUCCUCUCAGAAAUGAAUGUCACAGAACGUCAGGCUGUUUGCUCUCCCAGCUGUGUUACAGUAAGAUCAAACCACCUGUUUCCUCUUCCAUCUGUGCCUACCAGUUGUUAGUUAGCACCAGCCAGGUAACGCUCACUCCUCUUUGGAAUGACAUGCCGUCACUGCUGCUGCUGCUUCAGACUCACUGAAGAGAGAGAGAGAGAGAGGGGGGGAGAGAGAGAGAAAGAGUGCUGCUUUUGGUAUAACUUGAAUCCCAAGCAUGGCUUUAGUGGCACUUAUUUGUGACCUAACAACUCUUCUCUGACCAUAUUGAAUGUGAAAAGAGCUUAUCUGAAGUCGACGCCUCACAAAAGUUCACGUCGGGUCGCUUUGGAGUUGUAUCUUAAUGUUCUGACAAAUCAAAUAACUUUGUAUGAUAUCAAACUAGCUUGUGUGUUUUUAAAAAGCUCUAAAGUAGACAACCAACUGUUUUUGGUAUAUUCCUAUACCAAAGAGUUUGGCUUUAUUUUUUGAAGGCAUUUAAAGUUAAGACUUGCUGAAGUGCUUGCUAUCUUCGCUCUUUCAGAAUAAGAGGGACUUAUUGCUGAAAGUGCAACACUGCAGUUAUUUUUUUUUUAAUGUACAGCUUUUUGAAUGUGUGCGUGCGUUAAAAAUCAAAUCUCAACAAUGCAGCAUGACAGAAAAAAAAAAAAAAAGUGAAUGACCAAACCACGUAAGGAGCACAGCCCAUGCUCAAAUCUUUAUGGAAACAACAUCUUUUUGUAUGAUGUAUUUUUACAUUUUUACACACAAUUCCUCUCAGGAUGAUGAACUGUUCUCAGGGAAUUAACCAAAAAAAGUGUAUUUUAUUCUUUUGGGAAUCAUCCACUGACUGACUCAACAAACUCUGUUAAGCAACGGUGAAGAUACAUAUGUAACUGAUUCAUGUACUGAUAUUAGCAACUACCUCUUGAGUUAUACAUAGUUGUGCAUUUCUUUUUGUUUUGUAUAUUUUUUGAUGAGCUUGUAUGAUUAACUGUAGGUCUCUAUUGUACUGAGGUGUGAGAAGUUCCCUAGUGUUGCCACAGACUCCCUGGUCUUCCUUCCCAGAUUUGAUGAGUUACUUUUUUUUCUUUUACUGCAAAACUUUUUUUUUUUGUUUACAGCAAAAGCCUACCUCAUAUGCGCUGUUCCUCCACAAACUCCUUACCUCCUCCCAGCCCCCUCUACCUCCUCCAUGCAGUCUUUUGUUAAUGAAAUUGCCACUUGUCGCACUAGAGUCACACGGCAUUUUCAACAAAUCAGCCCUGAAAUGGCUUGUCACUUGUGUCUCCAAAUAUAUCUUACAAUCAAAGCUCUUUUUGAAGGUUUUACACAGGUAAUCAGAAUGGGCAUGAUUGUCUUACACAUCCAGGGUGAAGUUUUUCUGCCAGCUCUGUGUUAUACUGUCAGUAUACACUCAUCACGUAGCUGCAGACAGCCAGUGAGUUUACCUCAGUUUCUUGGGCUAGCUAUAGACAUGUUUAAUAUGAAAUAUUUUACAUUUCCGUGUGAACACAUUUUGAAAAGACAUCGACUGUUGUUUUUAGUUUGUAAGUAUUUUAUCAUAACCGUUUUUUGUAACCACUUGAUAUGAUGGGCUUAAGGUGGAGAAGAAUAGGAUUGUACUUCGCACAAGGAGUGCCUAUCGCUAUGUUUUGUUUGUCUGACUCUAUUACCAAAUAGAUAUUUUCCUCAUUUUGGGCUCCAUGGUAAUGGCCUUUGUCAACCAUUUUUACAGCCUCAGAUAAUCAGAAGUUGUGUGGUUUGGAGAUGACGCCCCUUCUUGUUGCAAACUACAUUUGUAGUUUAGAACGGCAUUGUUAACAGUUAACAUGAAAUCAGUAGAUUUUGUACUAAUGGUGACAUUGCAUAGAUGUCAUUAUUACAAAAAAAAAAUGUUUAUGAAGAUAAAUAUUGUUAUCAGUACUCUUUUAAAACUAACUCAUGAGAUCAAAGACUGAUUUUGCAUACGACCGUAGUAUUACAAUUGACACUCAGCUGAGAGAAUCACAAUAUUGCAUUGGGCCUACAUAUGGAACUGAACGCUUGUUGAUGCCAGUUAUGAACAAAAUACACAACCGUGGUAAAAUAUAGUGAUAUUAUUGAUGUUAGUAGCUUUAUAUUUUCUUCCAAUCAAUGUAACUACUGAUUGAUCUCUUUUUUAUUAUCCUGUUCAGUAUUCGACACGGCCAAGAAACCCUCUCAGACGGGAGAAUAAUCUCCUUAAGGUGGUGAUAAUCAAUUGGUUAUUGUAGAGGUUUGUCAAGGCUGCAUAUAGGAUAACAAAUUGGUAGAACCAUGUUUCCCCCCCAGGCGGUGUCAUUAUGGUCCUAUCUUAUCAAAUGUCCACUGCUUUUACAAUCACAUGUUUCUGAUCUCAUUUUCUGUUCUUCUGAGACGAUUUCUCAAUUAUGAAAUAAAGAUCUCAUAAUACAAGGUAGAUGUCUUAAUUAUGGAAUAAUAAUUACAUGGAACAUCAUAAAUGUGAAAUUAUUGUUACACAUGACCAUGAUAUGGUAGAAUUGUGUCAUUAAUAUUUUUCCACUUAUUCUUUUCUCAUGCAAACAUGAGACAGCACAAGCAAAUGCCUAAACAUGAACAUGGUAUUCUCAGAUGUAAUUUACUGCCACAAAACACACCACUGGCUUCUAAAUUUAAAAUGUACACCAGUUUGCAGUGUUCAAAGGCAUUGCAGAGAAGAUAUCACUGAUAUGACACCACAAUAACACAGAUAUUUAUUAAGAAACUGUUUUAGUCUUUCAUUUCUUUAAAUUCAUUUGUGUAAAGCUGUAGGAGUUGAAAGGAUAAUUCAGGCUUUGUGGUCUAUGUUUCUUUUGUCCCCCAAGUCACGACGUCACAUCCGGGUUAGCCUCUGUUACGCAAUCAUCGACAGUAUAUAUAACUUAAGUACUCAAUGCAGUCUUUAAUUCGGCGUUGAUAUUCCGUCGUCAUGAAAACACAAGACGUGUAUCUGUUUACGCUCCAUAUACUCUUAAUACAAAUCGGCCUCCCCCCAUAGCAACUGCCAUUAGAAACCUUCAACCUGAAAGAGUUUAAUAGAAAAACUACAACUCCCAUAGUGGGGGGAAACCUUCAACCUGAAAGAGUUUAACAGAAAAACUACAACUCCCAUAGUGGGUGGGGGGCGCUGGUACUUACGUCAUCACAUCUUGAUUUCGUCCAUAUCCAUAAAACUAAAAGUUUGUUUUUUUUCUUCCAACUUUAGUUAUAAUCUCUGCUGUCUAAAAGCGUAUCCGGUCUCCUCCGCCGUGUUGUCAUUAUUUAUAUGUAUAUAUAUAUGUAUAUAUAUAUAUGUAUGUAUAUAUGAUGACAUAUAUAUGUCUAUGAUUACAACACGUCUGAGCGAACAGCGGCUCGUGAUGUUUAGCUCGUGAACAUCAACGGCUUCAUUGGAAAUGUUCGUUAAAGGCCGCUAAAAUAAUAAUAAUGAAAAAAAAAAAGGUAAAUUUAAACUGAAUAAACACCAAGAUCUACCGUCCGUAUCCGAGCAGAAGGAGCGAGCUACUGUUAAAAGUAGAAUUUGAAUUUGGGGUUUUUUUUGGGGGGCUAUUUCAGUCGCUCUCCACUGAGAACCACGUAUCUGCAAAUGUUACCAGCUUUGAUUUAAAUACUUGCUUUCUGGUGGAGAGGUAGAAUAGAUGAGAAGAUUGGUGCUAGUCCAAAGUGGUUAGUGAGUUUAGCACAGAGAUUUUGGGGGCAAAGGGGGAAACAGAUAUCUUGGGGCUGUCCAAAAGGUUAAACAAAAACUCCUACCACCUUUUUUUGAGAUUGUAAAAAAUAAAAAUAAAUAGGCAACAUGUUAAUUAGUGAACAGAUCAUGUAAUUUAGUGGAACUGAUUUUAAUUAGUGAACUGUAGAGGUGCCAGUAGGUUACCUAACUCCCACUGCUCCCAGUCUUUGUGCCAAACUAAGCAUAUGUAAGUAUAUUUCCCAAAGUGACACGCUUUUGCUUUAAGCCCAGUGGCACUGCAUUUUGACUGACAGCUGAAUUUAAGCCUUUUUCUUUUUUCAAAACCUUAAAGGAGCAUUUAAACAUUCAGUUUAUUACGUUUUCAGGUUUUCAUUGGACAGCAACUUAAUCCUAAUUACAUUAAAAUAGGCCAACUAAUAUAGGCUUAUUGAAGGAAACGCUGUCUACACUUUCCAGAUGCAUAAGAGAAAAAUCACAUUUAGGCCUAUAUAACAGAGACAAAAACCCUGAAUUAUCCUCUAACAAUGUAUCAAAAGCCUCUGAAGACAGACAGGAUGUACUAUGCCAUGAUCACAGACCGGGAAGCCUCAGCAGUCUGUCUCACUGCUCCCUCAUGUGGUUGUUUUAGGAGAUACCUGCAGACAGACUGAAGUUCACAUACAGUACCUCAACUGCUGCAUUUGUCAGCUGCUCUGUGCUUUGCCUUGACUGGAGAAACAAUGUAUUCUAGGAAAUGAUCAUUUAUGAUGUUUUUUUUUUUUUUAACCGAACUGUAUCAUGUCAGAUUCAUAUUGUGGUUAUGUACACGGAAUCAUACUGAAACAUUGGACCUCGAAAAGGACCUAUAAAUCCAACCAAGGCAGUUAAAAGUGCAGAUACCUCCUUGUAUUGACUAAUAACCUCACACUUCUCACGUUUGUUUAUGUUUUUUACUCUGUACACCGUGGCCAGAGGGAGUCUUCUGUGCUCUCUUUCUCUGGAGUAUGUCUAGAGCCAAGCACUGAUUGCUUUUGAAUGGGGAAAAAAAAUGUUCUUCUAUGUGCAUAUCACUCAUUAUUUUAGCCCCAAUAUAAGUGUACUGCCUUUUUUAUUUCUGUGAAUCUUGGAUUGGAUUUUUAAAUAUGUCUGAAAUGUUUUACUUGAUUGGAAAAUAAACAUAUUAUAUUGGCAUUAAAGUAUGUAUAAUUUCCUA